GUAGUGGAAGGUGAUUCGGGCGCGGCCCGUGUGGUUGCUGCUGCUGUGCGGUGCUGUUUGAGAGGCUGCAGCCGGGCUGUGCUGUGCUGUGCGGGACAGGAUGCUGCUUUGGCUGGGUUUAUUCAGGAGAAAUGCAGCUCUGCUGUGCGGAUCAUCACUUAAAGUCAGAGGAGAUGGAUUUUGCGGAUAAUAACGUUUUAACGAGUUAUUUUGGGAAACGAGGCCUAACAGGGUGAAGAGUCGGGUCUGAGGAAUUCAGUGUGAUCAGCUAUGGCCUCCCAGCUCCAGGUGUUCUCCUCCCCUUCAGUUUCCUCCAGUGGUCUUUCACGUUCCAAGAAGCUUAAGCUGGAGAAGCCUGCAUGGGAUGGCGAGAACAGUUACGGUCUGCAGAGCCCAGGAGAAGCCAGCACGUCCUCACCCUCAGCUCGGGAUUUCAACUCCAACUAUGGCUCCAACAGCCUCAGCUUUCCUUCUUCCAACGGUACCCGUGAGCACACGGUCGUACGCGCUGCCGACAGUACCGGGAGCGUCCCUGGACCUUCAUCAUCCUCCUUGUCCUCCUCCUCGUCCAUGUCGUCAUCGUCAAGCCACCGGGGCAAAGACGCUUACCAAAAGCAGAGCGGUGUGAAGAGGAAGAGCGAGGAGGUGGAGAGCAGCGACAGCGUGCAGAUCCUGGAAGAGCUCUCGGCUCCUGUGCUGUCCAACCGGGCCGGCGGAGCAGGAGGAGGAGGAGGCACCACUACGGCACAGUCCAUCACUCACUCCACCUCCACAGCCAAGAGCAGCAACUCGCACAGUGAGGGUGACUACCAGCUGGUGCAGCACGAGAUCCUCUGCUCCGUCUCCAACAGCUACGAGGUGCUGGAGUUCCUCGGCCGCGGAACCUUCGGCCAGGUUGCCAAGUGCUGGAAGCGGGGUACUAACGAGAUCGUGGCCAUCAAGAUCCUCAAAAACCAUCCGUCUUAUGCUCGACAGGGUCAAAUCGAGGUGAGCAUCCUGAGCCGGUUGAGCACAGAGAACGCUGACGAGUUCAACUUUGUGCGCUCGUACGAAUGCUUUCAGCACAAGAACCACACGUGCCUGGUGUUUGAGAUGCUGGAGCAGAAUCUGUAUGACUUCCUAAAGCACAGCAAGUUCAGCCCGCUGAUGCUGAAGUGCAUCCGGCCCGUCCUGCAGCAGGUGGCCACCGCGCUGAUGAAGCUCAAGAGCCUGGGCCUGAUCCACGCCGACCUCAAACCCGAGAACAUCAUGCUGGUGGACCCCAUCAGGCAGCCGUACAGGGUCAAAGUGAUCGACUUCGGCUCAGCCAGCCACGUCUCGAAGGCCGUGUGUUCCACCUACCUGCAGUCCAGAUACUACCGAGCUCCUGAGAUCAUCCUGGGUCUGCCGUUCUGCGAGGCCAUCGAUAUGUGGUCUCUGGGCUGCGUCAUUGCUGAACUCUUCCUCGGCUGGCCGCUUUAUCCCGGAGCCUCUGAAUAUGACCAGAUCCGUUACAUCUCCCAGACACAAGGUUUACCAGCUGAGUACCUCCUGAGCGCAGGAACAAAGACCAGCAAGUUCUUCCACAGAGGGCCAGAUGCCAGCUACCCUUUAUGGAGGCUCAAGACGCCGGCAGAACACGAGUCAGAACUCGGCAUCAAGUCCAAAGAGGCUCGGAAAUACAUCUUCAACUGUCUCGAUGACAUGAUGCAGGUUAAUAUGACUAAUCUAGAAGGCACAGAUAUUUUGGCAGAGAAGGCUGACAGGCGGGAGUUUAUCGACUUACUGAAGAAGAUGCUCGCUCUUGACGCAGAUAAAAGGAUCACGCCGAUGAAGACCCUUAACCACCCGUUUGUAACCAUGACUCAUCUUCUGCAUUUUCCCCACAGCGCACAUGUAAAGUCCUGUUUCCAAAAUAUGGAGAUUUGUAAACGCCGAUGUACCGCCUUUGACAACAACAAGAACCUCUUUAGCAACAGCAGCGGGCCGAGCGCAGCCACUAACCUCACGGUGACCUUCAGCAGCCAGCUCAGUCAGCACAGUCAGCAGAUGGCGCCCUCUGGCGGCCAGUCUCUGUCUCUGAGCAGCAACGUUCCUCUGCUCAACUACCAGCCGGGUCUGUACCAGCAGGCUACCAUCAACAUCCCGGGUCUGACGCAGCAGAGUGUUCCACUCCAGACCAGACACACGCAGCUGUGCACUCAGACUGAACCCUUCCAGCAGACCCUCAUCGUCUGCCCACCUACUAUACAAGCAGGGCUUCAGCCUUCCAGUAAGCACUCGGGAUAUCCAGUACGGAUGGAUAACUCUGUCCCCGUCGUCCCCCAGAACCAGUCCACUCAGUCCCUGCACAUCCAGCCUAGCAUGCUAACGCAGGGCUCCUGCACACCGCUGAUGGUCGCUGCCCUACACCCCCCUGCAGCAGGAAUGCCCCCCAUGUACCCAUUGCCCCUGGCAUUGAGCCGUUCAUCUGCGAUAGCAGGGCACCUGGAGCCGAGCACAGCCAUGCUGCAGGGCUGGCCUGCAGGCACACAGCAGAUCCUCAUUCCGUCGGCAUGGCAACAGAUGCCAGGCAUGGCCAUCCAUGGCACCGGUCAGCCCGUCCUUGCUGACUCUCCUAUGGGUUCUCUGUUGGCUGAUGGCACGAACCAGUCCAGUGCCAACUGGAGGGGACGACAUGGUGGCCAGUGUGAUGUCACGCAGCAGGAUGCUGCACAGGGAUGCCACAUGACCUCGCAGACCCUCAACACAGGCGCAGCCAACAGUCGGGCACAGCAGGUGAAGAGGUCAAAGGGUCGCCAUGCAGAAAGCAGAGCUCGGUCCAUGUCUUCUGCACUGCACACCAGCGGUGACCCAUCUCAGCCAAUUAUCAUUUCGGACACGCCCAGCCCUGCCGUCAGUAUCAUCACCAUUCCCAGUGACACCGAGGACGAAGAUGACACCAAGGUCCCGCCCACAAGCUGUGGUGUGAACCAGCGGGCGAACGUGAUCAGCUGCGUGACGGUGCACGACUCUCAGGACUCGGACUCGUCCACCUGCAGCCCUCUUAGUCCUAAACGCUUGCCCAACUUUGCGGAGAGCAGUGGACAAGGCUCCAAGUCUCUGGCUGUAGUGAUGCCUUCACUGAAGGCUCAGACGUGGGAGGGGGUGACCAGCGGUACAUCAUCACUGCACAAGCAAAGCAGCACAACGUCAUCCGGGAAAUCGAAGAAGACUUCAGCUCUGCAGUCCUCUCGCUCAGGAUUGUACAGCGGCGAGCGCCAUCAGAGAACAGUGACCACCAAAUCACAGCCUCUCAACCUCAGUCAGGUUCAGCAGCCUGUGAUGUCCUCUCACGACAGGUCAGGGGGCGGAUCCCUGAGACGUCAACCCACUUACCCUCCUGCAGGUCCGUCGCAGUCCUACAGGCUUCACGAGGCUUCGCUCUUUAGCUCCGCCCCCAACCUGUACGCCUACCCUGCCUCAGCUGCCUUGGCCUCCGUGUCACAGGCCGUGGAUCAGCUGCACAACUCCACCGGCUCUAACUCCACCUCCUCGUCCUCCUCCAUCAGGCACACGCGUGCUGCCGGACCUUACUCCGCCUCUCUGAGUCUGCUGCAAAAGAGCAGCGCUAUGGGGCUGAUGGGCCAAUCAGCCGCCUCACACUGCCAACAGCAGCAGCUCCCGGGGCAGCCGUACCCCCCCAGCCAGAGGAAACUCAACCAGUACCCUUACCUGUGAGACACAUGAUCACACAGCAAACCAACCCCAUUAUGGAACUGAAUUACUGUAGGGUUUCUUAAUCAUUAUUUUAAUACUAGUUUUGUUUUUAUGUAGUAGUGUUUAUUUUACUGCAGCUUACGUUAAACCAUCAAGUUAAAUCAGAUCUAAUGUGUAGUUGACCUCGGAUUACAUUUUGUUCUUAAAGUUUAACGGAAGGUGUGACUGUAUAAAAAUGUUCUUCAGCACUAUUAAUGGUGUUCACUUCAUUUUCAUCAUGUUCUAUUUGAACAACUAUAUGCUAAAGAUUAAUUUAACAGUUAACCCUAUUUGGAUGGGAUUCGGUUCUCUGCGCGACUCGGCUAUAAAAAUAACAGCUUACGUUUCUCCUCUCGCAAAAUAAAACUCUUGAAUAUUGGGAAUGUUAUCAGUUUAAUUAUAUUCAUUAGCCAGCUUCUAAUGUUAGAUGAUUAAAGAUGCAAUUAAUUUUUUUUUUUUUUUUCUAAGAAGAUGCAGUGGUCCAUGAUAUUGUACAAGAUGCGAAUCAACAGCAUCGUGCUUUUCUGAUUUCUUAAUUUAGGAACAUGUACUAGAUGACUGACUACAGAGAGUAGCAAUGAUGCUUUUCUAAAAAAAAAAAAAAACCAUCUGUGAAAAACAAGCAGUAAACUCCUCGUGCUGUCAGGAAUAAAACGAUUAGAGUAGGUUAUUCUGUAUAUUCUGGAUUGUUCUCAGAAGAAAAGAACAUCAUGGCUGAUCUCCUGCAAAUGUAACCGGAUCCUGUCGGAAUAGGAUUUUUACAUUUUGUUGUUUUAGGGUUUUUUUUUUGUUCUGUUCAUUUUUACCGCCUUUGUGUAUUAAUCAUUUUUACUGUUUAUUUACAGGUGCCUUUGACUAUAUUAGCGCUCAUGUUUUUUUAAUAUAUUUUCUCUGUGUGUGUGUGUGUGUGUGUGUGUUUUAAUGGACAUUGUGCUGACAGUUGCAUGUUGUUUAUGUAGAGUCCUAGGCGCUACAUAGUCAAAUGUUUUUAGGCUGCAUCAGCAAAAAUGAUUAAAGGAGAGAGAGAGAGAGAGAGAGAGAGAGAUUAGAAGAUCUGACGAUGUAUUUAAGGCUGGUGUUCUAUAAAGUGAUUGUGUGCAGUCAGUGAUGUAGAUAGCACUUAAGAAGAACGGUUAAAGUGGAUGUAUAUGCUCAUAAACUUGUGCCUCGUACAAUGUGUGUUUGGUUCCGAGUUGCAGAGCUAAGCCUGCUUUUCACAAGCUUCUUAGUGGAUGUUUGCUCUAACUAGAAGAUCGUGAAUCAGUGCUUUUAUGCUGGUCACAUGUUCGUUUUAGAAUAAAUCAGACUUGUGCAAUUGUGGACGUUUCUACUCUUCUAUCAGAAUGUGGAGUGUAAAUUAGACCAAACUACAGCUACGUCCUGAUAAAUAUACACAUUCUAUAUGCACAAUAAACAUUUUCAGUGUA